AUGUCUCGAGAGACUUACGAAGUGCCCAUGCCGGUCCCUAUUCCCGGCCGGGACUUACAAAAUAACGUUCCUAUUGAAGGCCCAGCUAUAAAUUAUCUAUGUGGAGAUUGCAAUGCUAAGAUUCCAUUGAAAAGAGGCGACCCUAUUCGCUGCAAAGAGUGUGGUCACCGAGUGUUGUACAAAGAGCGGACUAAGAGGCAAAUAUCCAUCCAAAGGAUGGUACAAUUUGAGGCUAGAUGA